UGUUCGCCUCUUUUCACUUGUUCAACUAAGAAAACUCCAGACAAAUGUCUGUCUUCUCAUAUUUAUCAUUGUAAACUGGUACCCAUAUAUCUGUUUCAUCUCAUUUCCAGAAGCUUUACCCAGUGAAAUCCUUCAUGGUAUUCAGUUGGCUAGAAAUUUGAACUCCCAUCAUGUGGUGUUUGAAAUAGACUCUUUGAUCAUUGUCAAUAGGGCUGUUCAUGGUUUGGUUCGGAGAGAAAAGUGAACUGAACUGUCAGAAUAGUUAAAAAAUCCGAACUGAACCAUUAGUGGUUUGUUCCAAACUGAACUGUUAUAACAGUUCGGUGAACUGAUUAAGUAUCUUUGAACUGAGCCGAACCAAAAUUGGGAAAUUUUGAACCUCUGUUGUCUGGAAAGCUUUUAUGCAACAAUUUAUUUCAUAGAGAUACAGACAAAACAUUCUCCAUUUUUUCUUAACUCUUUCUCAAUUUUGAUUUUUGACUAUCGGACCAAAUUACCCCCUCCCUCAUUCUUUAACCGCAAGAAUAAUUACAACACAGGCAUGGUGUCGUCAUUGUAGUGUUUGUGACUCGUGAGCACUACCAACCAUUGUUGUGCACACACAAUAAUAAUCUGAACUUGAAGGUGGACGAACUGAAGAUGGCGAUGGACUAAAUGAGGUCACGAGCUGAAGAUGGUGAACUGAAGCUUCUAUUACGACAGUGGUGAUGCUGCGACGAAGGUGCGCAAUUUUAGAUCUAUUCAUCUCAGUUCUUUCUUCCUUUUUUUUUUUUUUUUUUUUUGAAAUGUUCAUCUCAGUUCAAAUAUGGGAUUUUACCUUUGACGAGGACGUGAGAGGGGAACUGAGAAGAGAAAUGGAUCUGAUUUUUGAUUUUGGAGUUUUGAACUUAUGUUUUAGUUUGGUUCUUACCAGUUCAGUAACAAGGUUCUUCACGGUUAGGUUAGAGAACUGUGAUUCAAAUAUUGGUUUGGUUAGGUUCGGAAGUUAUGUUGGCCGCUCCUAAUUGUCAAUAUGAUUCAUAACCACAUCACUUUGGUUUCCUCCAUUAAUCCCAUUUUGAAAGAGGUUCUUCACCUUAUCUCCCUGAUCAAAAGGUUCAGUACGCUCUUCGUGAAGCAAAUGUAUGUUGAUGAUCUGCCUCUUACAGAUCAUUUGGCUGAUUUUCCUAUGCAUGCAUGUCUUAGAUGUGUCCCAUGCUAGAUUUUUGCUUCAAGUUGAUACUGAUAGAAAGGGAGUGUGGAGGGUGUUCCCCUUCUUAUAUUCCUUAGUAUCUUUUGUAUUUACCUUAUGUUAUAAAUUUUUUAAAAAAGCAAUACAUGACUAAUACUAAUAUAGUUCUUAUAACACAUUUACCUUAUUUAAAUCAUAUAUCUGAACUUAAGUAAAGUAGCUAACGAGUUUUAUUUAAAGUUGAAUGGAUCUAGAGUAUGUGAGUUUGAUUUUUAACCGAAAUAAUUAUUGACUGCUUCACUUGCAUUUUAAUUUUUUUUUACCAUUUCACUUAUCUUUCAACCGAACUAUAAAUUAACAUGACACAAUUCUCUUUGAAAACAAAUGGUUAUGACAAAAUAUUUCAAAAAUGCUAAACAUCACAAGAAAUCUUCUCAUGAAGCCAUCACGACUAACACCAUUACUUGCAUUUUUUCCGCCAAACCCGGAAUUAAAGUGAUAAAAGAGGUUUUCAAUUUCUUUUUUAACUAAAAAUAAAGCUUCGGGAAGAUUUCAUAUAGCACUGCUCAAAAUAUUUUAUAUCCAGUAGUUAGUAAAUUAGGACAACUUGAUUACAAAUUAUAUAUAAAAAAAUUUGCAUAACAAAAAAAUUAAACCAAAACUUUAAUACAUAUGUAUGUAGGAGAAGGAAAAAUUAUAGAAUAAUAUUUGAGUAGUGUUAUGCCGCUUAAUAAUUUUAUAUUUUGCUCAAAAGAACACCGACAUAACACUUGAGUAGUUUGAUCAUUAAUCAAAUUUGGAUAUUCUCCGAUCUUAACCAAGAUGAUUAAUCACUACUUGAUUAAAAAUUGAAAAUCCUAGAUUGAUAAAAAUAACUUCUACCAGUUAAAUCAACCUACCUUCUUUUAAUACUAAUAUUUUGUAAUUCUUCAUGGCUGCAUAAUGACAUUUAACACGCAUAUAAGUCGGCAUAUUUGUAUUAAUAAAAGGCAGGAGACCUGGUAAUCAUAAGCUAAUACUAUGUUUCUUGUAAGAAUGUUUUUGUGAUCAAGUGGGUGCAGUGCAGCAGCCAAAUAGUAACCAUUCUUGCCCCAAUUAUUCAAUAUAUUAUAUAUAAUAUACUCCAUGGCCGUCUAAUUAUGCAUAGCCUUUAAAACCAGAAGAAGGGUUCAAAAGUAGAUUACUUCAACUUCUGUCUAAUAUUGAAGGCUACAGCCAACACACGUUUUUGUUUGCAAAGUAAGACCUACUCUCACCUCCUCUCCUCCCAUUUACAAUAAUAUAUUUCCCAACCUAUAUAUAUAUAUACACAUCUCAUGAUGCAUAUAUUCUCCAACUCAACCAUAAUUACUAUCCAACAACAUAUAUACUUCCAUAUAUACCAUUCUCUUCCUUGCACACUAAUACUCAAAACUAAGAUACAUACAUACUACAUCAAUUGAAACAGUAUAUCCUACAAAUUAACAAUGGUUAGAAUGCAUGCAACACUCUGUACCUUAGUUCUAAUUAUUCUCUCAGUUUCAACAUUGACAUCAUCAACAUCUUUGGAGUUUGGUUUCUAUAAGACAACAUGUCCAUCCGCUGAGGCAAUUGUGAGAAGAGCUGUAAACAAAGCCGUGUCACUCAAUCCAGGCAUCGCUGCUGGUUUGAUUAGAUUGCAUUUUCAUGAUUGUUUUGUUAGGGGAUGCGAUGGUUCUGUAUUAUUAGAAACUACACCAGGUAACCCAUCUGAGAAAGACCAUCCUGCAAACAAUCCAAGUUUACGCGGCUUUGAGGUCAUCAAUGAAGCUAAGGCGCAAAUAGAAGCUGCAUGUCCUAAAACGGUGUCAUGUGCAGAUAUUCUUGCUUUUGCAGCUCGGGACAGUACUCGCAAAGUUAGUGGCGGCAUAUACUAUUCAGUACCAUCAGGACGCAGAGAUGGUCGAAUCUCUAUCUUCGACGAAGUCACACAAAAUCUACUACCACCAUCUACCGAAGCAGAGAAACUUAUCAGUCAUUUUGGUACAAAAGGCUUAUCAGCAGAUGAAAUGGUUACACUUUCUGGAGCUCAUUCUAUUGGUGUCUCACAUUGUUCUUCUUUCUCAAACCGAUUAUAUUCUUUCAAUGCAACUUUUUCUCAAGAUCCAUCUAUGGACCCUAAGUUUGCUAUGUUCUUGAAAUCCAAGUGUCCACCACCACAACCUCAGUUACAGGUAAAAAACAUAGACCCAACAGUGGUGUUUGAUGGUUCCACGCCUAAUGAUUUGGACAACAAGUACUAUAUGAGGUUGAAGAAUCACCGCGGUUUAUUAACUUCCGAUCAAACGUUGUAUGAUAGCGACUUAACUAGGCAGAUGGUGUUAAGAAAUGCCAGACAUGCUGCAAUCUGGAGAGUGAAGUUUGCUAAGGCUAUGGUGCAAAUGGGUUCCAUAGAUGUGUUGACAGGUUCUCAAGGUGAGAUUAGGGAGCGCUGCAGCAUUGUUAAUUCUUAUUAACUGGACCAGAUUAAUAUUUUGUUUUUCAAAAAAUUGUCCAUAGAUGCAAAGCUAUUUUUUAUUCAUAAAUUUGUUUAUUUGGAUUAAAAGAUUGGGUUUUUCAUUCUUUGAUGUUAUUAUAUUUUGUUUGGAAUCAUUCUUUAUAGUUUGUAAUCUUUAUCAAUUAAAGUGUGUAUGUGCAAUCCAAUGUAAUAAAAUAUGAAAAAGUAGUGAACUACUCUCUUUGAAUUAUAUAUCCUUUCAAUGUUUUCUGU